CCUCAAGUUUUCCCGGAAGUAAAUCAAAAUAAAACUGCUGGGAAGUGGGAAGAUGCUUCGCUUCAGUGUAGAAGCCCCAGCUGUUUGCUAAAGCUUGACAUUUGCUUUUACUGAGUUUUUAUUUCCACUCUGCAGGAUGUCUUUCCCCUCCCCUUUUGGUACGCAGGUCGCAGCCAUCAUGGAUGUGUUAGCGAAAGCUGCGGUCGCCGAAAUAACAAAGCUGGUGGAGGAUGGGACUGUAGUCCUGCGCCUAGAGAUGUGUCGGAGGGACAGUGAGAUUCAGGAGCUCAAAAGAAGUUUGAAGCUGAUGGAGGCUGAACUCUGCAAAGCUCAAGAAGCAGCCACGACCCGAGCUACAGAGGACAAACAGGAGCAAACAGCAGCCGGGAAUCAGGUCCCCCGAAAAGAAGAAGAAGAUCAGGAAACAUGUGCAGUGUAUCUGGAACCAAAGACUGCUGACUCACUCUGCGAGCCUCAACAUGGAACAAAGGAGAACUGUGACACGAGGCCAGCGGUGAAACAUGAGCCAGCAGAUGAACUUGCCACCCAAGAAACAACAGACAACACAGACAUUUGCUUUGAUACGGGAGAGCGAAAUGACCUGAUCUGGCCUCCUCCUGCUUGUAGCAUGUUUGAAAAAAGCUCUGUUGCAAUGCAGCAGCACAUACAGAUUUUCUCCCCUCAACCUGAGCAAUAUGAUGCUCAAAGAAAUACAGAAAGUUCCUAUAACUCUUUUUCAACUGAUGCAGAGGAAAUCGCAGAUGAUUCCUUAAGUGUGCCGAUAAAAGUAGAGGUAGAGAUUCGACCUAUGUGCAUGGCAAGUACCACUUCAGAGGGUGCUCAUAAUGAACCGUUCAGACAUGCUUCGCACCCUGCAGUCAGUCAGGACCAGUGCUUGCAGUCUGCUUCGCAACAGGCAGGGCCGUCGCUAGCCUCGCUGCAUGCGCAGAGGUCCACAGCAGAUACGUUAGGAACAAACACAGAAGGUCACGUCCUCAGUAGAAACAACCAGAGAGCAAAAAGGUUAAUGACCGUUUGGAGAACAAAUCAGAAACUGUUCAUCUGCUCGGUCUGCAACAAGGGUUUCCCCCGCUUGUCUCAGCUGGAAGAGCACAAGGCAGCCCACCAACCCUUUAAGCCUUUCAGGUGCCUCGAAUGUGGGAAAUCUUUCACCCAGAAGACCCGGCUGAAGACGCACCAAAGUGUGCACACGGGAGAGAGGCCAUUUAGUUGCAAAAUCUGCGGCAAGAUGUUUUCGAGGCAGGACAACUGCCUGAGACACGAGCGGUUCCACAGCGGCCUGAAGCCGUACAGCUGUGGGCAGUGUGGUAAAAGCUUCACUGUGCUGGGUAACCUUAAAAUACAUCAAGAGAUUCACCUGCAGGGAAGAUAGCGCUCAGAUACUGGGGCUCUCAGUGACACUCAUUAAGAGAAUUUUCACAAACACUUAUUUAUCUUGCCAGUGCACUUUGACCGUUUUAAUGCAUUGAAUGCAACCGUAAAAUGUCUACCUUGCAUUUCAGGGGGCAAGGCAGGGAUGCUGGCAGUGUUCAGACCAUGGGUGAGGGAAAAACAGGAUUAUUAUUUAUGUAUUGUUUUAACAUGUGUACUGCAUAUGUUGGAAAUGCAGACUCAUUUUCAGAUUUCCUUGUUUAUUUUUUUGUUAUUUUUCAGUCAGGACUGGGCAAUGCAUCUAUUCAUUCUUUAUCAUGUAUCAUUGUAAUCAUAGUGUGGGAUUUACUACGGUGAAUCGACAGGUAUUGUUACAUCAACAGUUCAAGAAGAUUUAUGAAAUACUACAGACUGCCAAAUGAAAAUGACGGUUUUAGUUUGACUUCCCAUUAAGUCAUGGACAUCAGCUAGACAGUUUCAUAGGAUUAAUAGGUUUUCUGUACCUAAACAAGGAGUGGGUGAUAUGGAUAAAAUCCUCUAUUACAAUAUAUUUAAGUUUAUAUUGCAAUAUCGAUAAUAUCGUAAAUAGUAUACUGGUAUACUACAUUUUAUGGAAAAUCAACUGAGAUUGUCUUUUUGGCUAAUCCACCAAAUGAAAUGCCUAACAAAUAAAGGUAUCAUCACAUCAAUUGCAAAGUAAGUAAAAAUCGAGUAUUAUCAUACAGCAUUGUCAUAAAGCAGUGCUGCUCACUGAUUUGCAAAAUUACCCACAGUGGUCUAAGACAGUGGUUCCCAACCUAAUUCAACCUCUUCAGCCCUCUAAAAUGAAUCAAAUUAAACAAUCUGCAAAGGCAAAAACGCCCACCAAGUCACAGACAUUUAAACUGUGACAGUGUGACACAAGUAGAUGUGGCUUCAUAUUAAAGGCUCACGGAAAAAAAGGUUGGGAAUCACUGGUCUAAUACACGCAGAGAUAUUAAAGAGAUUUUAAGGAUGCCUCCUUUUAAAAAGAUUUACAGCUGUGCAACAGUUUUUCCUGGAGAUGCAACGAUCUGAUACGCUGGAUCAGUAUCGAUGCCAUUAAGUGGGUCGGGUAUCAGCCAUGACAUGACCGAGCCAGAUUAAAUACAGUUUUCUUUGUCAAUGCUAUCAGUUCAAUUAACUCAGUCACUGCGGGCUGCCAACUCAGCUUUUCUGUGGGCUCCUGUUACCUUACAUAAUAAUGAUUCCAGUUAGUUCCAAGCAAUUUCAGAAAAAGAGAGCACAGGUAGAUAUCCUCAUGUAUUCAGGUAUAGGAAUCGGUAUCCGGAGAGAAGAAGUUGGAUCGUGCAUCCCUACUUUUUUCAGUUUUAUUAUGAUCUUACUGUACUCAGAGGUAUUUUAGUGCCUUGGAAAGUUUCUGGCAUCCCCUCCCUGAUUAGUAUUUCUGUAAUGUUUGCCUUCGUAUUCAUGAUGUUGGAACUUCCAGAUACAAACUGUGUAUUUAACCUAAAAUUAUUUGUCACACCUUGAUUACACACAAGUGAUAUUUAUUCAACUUAUUAUGUGGCCUCUAAAACCAUUCACCAGUGAUGACUUAAGUGCAUCAUAUUAAAAGGGGUGUGGGUGUGUACCUAUGCAAUAAGUUAUUGUGUUUUAUAUUUGCACUUAAUUUAAAUCUGACAGUCUUAAAGGUUCUAACUUUUUAAUUUCUUUCAUGUUUCACCUGCAUAUAUAUAUAUACUUAAAUAUAAGUAUAAAUAUGAGUUUAUAAGUAUAUAUAUUAGAUGCCUGCUUAUUUUUUGUAAAACUAAUUUAAUUAUGUAACAUGCAUUAUAAAUGUAUUUAUUUGUUUAUAUUGUUUACCUUUUUUCUUACUUGUCUUUGUAUCGAUUAUGAACGUUCUAUAUUAUGAGUUAAUGAAUAUGGUUGUAUGAAUUAAAUAAUAUUUUGUUGGGGGGGAAAGGACUUAAAGUAUAAAAAAUAAUAAAGAAAGUUAAUUGUUGUCCAUACA